CGGCAAAGGGCUGACAAGUGUUGUGAAUUCAACUCAUCCUUCGUUACUUUGCUUUGGGUUUUGACAAGGCUGUCGAACAUAAUGGAGGCGUUGAGACGGAAGAGAUGGAAUGUGAUCGUCAGGACCUCCAAGAACUUUUGAACCUACAAAAUCAGGUGCUGCGCAAGCAUGAUGAAGAAGCAGCUCAUGAAGUGGGAGUUGACAAACUGCAAGUUAUCUCGUGCUUUAAGCAUUUGAGCCUUCGAGCCAGAGCGAUUGAAUUAGAUCGAUCUGAAUACUCUUGAAAUUCAAGUGCUUCUAAAGAAUGUAUAACUUUUCGCAUAAAUUGAGCUAGACAUGUACUACUUGGAGGAGUCUGCGUUCUAUAUAAUAUAGUAACUAACUUACAAAGUCUAGGGCGCGCUCCCGUUUAGCAAACCUUCCUACUCUACCUGGCCAUACCUCUC